AUGGAGAUAUUACAGCUGGUGGGGAAAUGUACUCUGACAGUUGUUUUAGAGAGCUGUGUUUAUUGUGAGUUGCAUAGCACCGAUGCCAUGGAAAUUGAUGAUAUUGGAAGUCUUCAAGGUAUUGGUUUCCUUGUGGCUGGAGCAGAAAAUAUGACUAGUGAUUAUAUUGAAGUCCCUUCACGCCCAUUGCGUUCAAAUGUCGUGAAGUUGUUAGAGGUGGAGCAGAGAAGGAAUGCAAUAUAUGAGAAGACAUCUGACUUGGAACUACAAGUGCUCAAGGUCGUGUCUAAACUAGAGCAGUAUAUCCUCAUUCUUUUUGCAUGGACGGGAGGAAUUAGUAUCUACCUAACCACCAAAAUACCGUCUGACGUGGCCUUUGCCAUCUCUAUUCUAUUGAUGUGUUUAUUUUUGGCUAUUUCGUUCAUUCACAUCGGCAUAGCAAAAUCAAGGAUUACAAAAAUGAACAGUUUCAUCAUGUUAUUGACUGAAAGAUAUAAAAAUGUAAGAGAAGAGGCAAGAACUCUAAUGGAAUUGGAACGAAACAGGAAAGGAAGGCUAGCAGUUAAUGUUGUGGAUAACAUUGAAGGUCCUGUCAUGGACAUGGAUUCUUUUAUUGCCAGAACUAUGACUAUUUAUGAUGAUGCUACAGAUUUUUCCGACUUUGAGAAAGUUUACCAUAAGAUGAUCUAUAUGUCUUGGGGGAUUGGAGGUAUCUUCAUUCCUGUUGUGCUGGUCAUGUCAUUUUGUAACUAUUACUACGGAGAGGAUUCCUUGUCUCCUGACAAUCAGUCUUUUGCUGCAUGAGAUGUUCAAGUUCUGCAUCAGUUGUAGUCGUAGUGGCAGAAGAUCAUCAUUUUCAUUAGACGAGAUAUAAAUACUUUUGUGGUGGCAGUGAUUUUUACUUUUGGCUGAAAAAUGCAAACCAUUAUCAUAUGAAUUGCUGAUGGAUAUUGGGGGUUAGGUAUUGGGGACUGACUUAUCAGCCUGAUUCUCGACUGUAAUUACAGAUUGUUUAUGCUUUUGCCUGCUGCUGUUGUAAAUAAACGUCUCCAACUCCAGAAAACCAUACACGUUAAAAUCACUGAUAUGUUAACUUGUGCUAAUUUGCAAUAUCUUUCUUGCUUCAUUUACUUCGGUGUAUCCUGUGUAACUCCUCUGGUUAAAGUUAAGUGAUUUGGUUGCAUCAAUCAGCGAUCCUAUAUAUAGCAAAAGCUUUGUUACUAUUCUUUAUUUUAUGUAAUUAAUUUGGU